GAACCACCUCCGGUUCUAUUUCUCCAUUCUGUGACAAUAUGAGGCCUAUCAUCCUGCUGCAUCCGCAAUUGCGGACUGCACUUCCACGAAGUGUCCGGCGGAGUCUUAACAGCAAGCUGUUUGCUCGGCUGAAGACCACCGAGAACGCCGCUCGCAGCCCGAAGAAUGAUCCGUUCAUCAAAAGACCAGCGCACCCCGAGAGUAUGUUCUAUAACAAGGAACCCGACCCGGCCAGCUACGCAUAUGGAAAACUCUUUGCGCGGAAAGGACCCCCCGAGGUGAUUCUCAUCUACAAUGGUGGUGUCCAUAAAGCCAUGUUCCUGGCGGCAUUGAAGAUCACUGGCAUCCUCCUGUACGGAGUAACGAUUGCUUUCAUCUUGCCGGAGUUCAUGAGUGGGGAGUAUCCUGACUGGUAUGCCCCAGCAGCUCUCACUCUCGGUGCGAUCCCGAUGCUCUUCAUGGCUUACAAUGGGGCUACCUUUGUUUGCUACAUUCACUUGUUUCUGCCAAUGUCUGCUCGCCAGUCUCGGCAGGCGGCUGAGGAUUAUGCCAGAAAUCUUCCGCCGACGGCUCGGUUGUUCAUCACGACCAUGGCGUUCUCAGCUAGACCUAUAAAGAGGGAAGUACAUCUCAAAAACCUUGUCCCCGAAGUCACGCUCAGGCGUCCCGUGAGCUUCAAGGAUGUGGGUCCCGAAUCCAAGAAAGGGUACUGGACUCGAGGGUUGACAGAAUUCUGGGCGGCGCCCAAGAGCCACCGUGGGAAACAGUCGACAGCAUUCUAUCCUCACCUGUGGCCGGUGGUGAGGGAGCAGAUUGAGCGGAGGGCGCCGUGAGGGAAGUCUGUAAAUUUGGCGUUAGGGGGAGUUCAAUGUGAGAGAUUGGCAUGGAGGUUUCUUAUAUUAGUGAAACUGGAGACGUGGAUAACAUUAGCCUCAGCAUCUUUACUCCGGAGUUGAAAAGCAACAAUACUCUUUACCACAUCUUUUUUGGGUCAAAUGAACCCAUAUCAUGGAUCCAUGAUCUCUUCACUUCACUCUCAUUCCCAGCCUGUGUUACGCCUUAGCGUGACUUCGUGCUGUCCCAACAACACUUUGCCGAGUCCAGUCACCAUUCACUCGCCAAAGCUGAUAUUUUUCUCCAUAUCCCUCAUGUUCCUGACCUGUC